AUGCUCACCGAGCGCAUCAUGCACGAGUGCAUCAAGAAGCUGCUCUCGAAUAUCGACACCCCCGAGGAGGAGGACAUCGAGUCCCUCUCCCGCCUCAUGAUGACCGUCGGCGGCCUCCUCGAUCACGAGAAGGCGAUCUCCCAUAUGAACGAUGUCAUCGAUACCCGGAAUAACAAGUGGGUCGGACGGAACGUCGCCGCUGGCCCCAAGCUGAUCUCGCAGAUCCACGAAGAGGCGGCGCAAGCGGCCGCCGAGCAGUCCCGCCAGGCGCAGCAAGCCAGCAACAAGAACAAGAUGAACGACCUGUCGCGGGGCGGAAGCCGGGCGGGGCGCAACCGGGACCAGCCGGGCGGGGACGGCUGGUCGGCGGUCGGCGGGCCGUCUGCGCCUCCGCCGCGGCCCUCGAAAGCCGGCGACCUGACGCAGUUUGGCAAGCUGCGCGACACGUCCUCGUCUGCGCGGGCCUCCUUCGGCCCGUCGAACGUGUUCGCCAAUAAGGGCAAGCUCAAGGACGCCAAGCUGGCGCCCGAGCCCGCCGUCGCCGUCGCGCCCAACCCGUUCGCCGCCCCGCAAGAAGGCAGCGGCCCCGGGCUGUCGCGCAAGCCCAGCGUCGCCGAGCUGGCCGUCCCUGCCGCCGCCGCUGCGGGGCGGCCCAGGCUGAACCUUGCGCCCCGCACCCUGCCGCUGCCCGGCGACGCCGCCGCCCCGGCAUCCGAGGAGAAGAAGGAGGACAGCAAGGAGGAGAAGGACGAGGCGGCGGUGGGCCGGGCCGUGCAGGCCUCCGUCGACGAGUUCUUCCACCUCCGCUCCGUCCCCGAGGCCCUCGCCUCCCUCGCCGCCCUCCCCGUCCCCCGCCGCCCGCUCCUCGUCCAGCGCCUGCUCGAGGCCGCCGUCGAGCGCAAAGAGCAGGACGUCCGGCUCGCCGCAGGCCUCUUCCACCGCCUCGCCUCCGACGCCCUCGUCCCCCCCGUCGCGCUCGUCAAGGCCUUCGCGCCGCUCGUCGAGAUGCUCGACGACACCGCCGUCGAUGUCCGGUUCGCGUACGAGUUCACCGGCCUCCUCGCCAAGGCCGCAGGGCUCGCGCUCUCCGACGUCCAGUCCCUCGCCAAGACUAUCGAGGCCGACGACCGCGAGACGGCCGCGGCACGGCUGGUGGGGUGUUUCCGCGCCGCCGUGCUCGACUGA